AUCGCACAUAUAAAUGAUGCCGUUCUCGAAAACCACAGAUCAGUAUCAUUCCGCGCGUCAAACUAGAACAAAGCCACUUGUUAGGUGUUACUAAAAAUCGCUCCAAAUUUUGUUUAGUUCGUUACAAAAGGUGAAAAAGGAAACAAAACUGAGCAGCAAAAUGAUGAAGCUGAUCGUCUCCAUUGCCACGCUGGUCACUCUGGUGGCCGCUGCCCCUGCCCUCGAUGACGCUAACGCUCAAAUCCUCACCCAGGAAAACGUCCUGGAAGCGGACGGCAAAUACGGCUGGAAGUUCUCCACCAGCAACGGCAUCCAACAGGAGGAAAGCGGCCAAGGAGGUGUGGCAGUGCAGGGGUCCGCUUCCUGGGUCGGUGACGACGGCGUUCCAAUUGUGCUGACCUACACGGCCGAUGAAAACGGAUACCACCCGCAGGGAGUGCAUCUGCCUACGCCACCACCAAUCCCGGACUACAUUCUGCGAGCUCUGCGGUACAUCGAAGCUCGUAAUGCGCAAAAUGUGUAAAACAUUUAUUGGGGAAUCAUGAACGAAAUCCGGCAAAGAUGAUUUCAGCUCUAUGGAAUUCCAAGGUCGGCACACAAACUCAUUCACACAUACACACACACACUCUGUCCACAGUUGUCAUCUCUAAUGUAAAUCAGCGAUAAUUUUUAUUUAAGCACUAGCUCAUAAAACAAUAAAACUAUAAAAAUCUUUCAA